AUGUAGGUGGGACUCUUGGAGGAGUCAACAGGAAGUGUGCAAAUCGGUUUUAAACUUCAUCUUCGCUGCUGUUGUUAUGUAUAGUUAGCAAAUCGAUACGUAUCUGGACACUUAUAUACAUUUUCAACAACAAUAACUUCUAAAUUUUCUCAAAUUAGGGUGGAGCGUUUUGAUAACUGCUAUGAGGUGGUCGUUAUCACGGUUUGUUUACAAGAUGAAUCAGCUGACGAGCGCACCCCUGCAAACUAGCUACCUCAAACCUCUAGUCAUGUGAAACAUAACUCAAUUAACUGUAACCCUGCAGUUUGCCAUUCCUGUAAACGAAACGUGAAGUGAGAGCGCCGUUGAGAGCGUCGUUGAGAGAGAGAGAGAGAGAGAGUCAGUAACCGCCAGCAUAUUGUCUUGUUAGCUUAAUGUUUGGAAAAGGCACGUUCCAAAAGACAAAUCAUGAUGGCCAAUAAGUGGUGAAGUAAUAUUUCUAACCUUACAAGGCAGAUAUCUUUCUUCAUAAAGAUGCCUUGCUCCUGUGGAAACUGGAGAAGAUGGAUUCGACCCUUGGUCGUGUUGUUGUAUAUAUUGUUGUUGUUAGUCGUCCUACCACUCUGCGUCUGGGAACUACAGAAGUCUGGGAUCGGGAUUCAUAACAAAGCAUGGUUCAUUGCCGGAAUAUUUGUCUUCAUGACUAUACCAAUAUCCUUAUGGGGCAUCCUGCAGCAUUUAGUACACUAUACUCAGCCGGAACUGCAGAAACCCAUUAUAAGAAUACUGUGGAUGGUCCCGAUCUACAGCUUGGACAGUUGGAUUGCCUUGAAGUACCCUAGUAUAGCGAUAUACGUGGACACAUGCAGGGAGUGCUACGAGGCUUUUGUAAUCUACAACUUCAUGAUCUUCCUGCUCAACUACCUGGGCAACCAGUACCCCAACUUAGCCCUUAUGCUGGAGGUCCAGGAUCAGCAGAGACACCUGCCCCCUCUCUGCUGCUGCCCCCCCUGGCCAAUGGGAGAGGUGUUGCUCCAUCGAUGCAAGCUGGGGGUGUUGCAGUACACCGUGGUUAGACCGGUCACAACAGUCAUCGCUCUGAUCUGCGAACUGUGUGGAGUGUAUGACGAAGGCAAUUUCAGCUCCACCAACGCAUGGACCUACCUGGUCAUCUUCAACAAUAUGUCCCAGCUGUUCGCCAUGUACUGUCUGGUGUUGUUCUAUAAGGCCUUGAGGGAGGAACUCAGCCCUAUCAAACCAGUCGGGAAGUUCUUGUGUGUAAAAAUGGUGGUGUUUGUCUCCUUCUGGCAAGCUGCGUUUAUUGCUCUCCUAGUCAAAGUAGGUGUGAUCUCAGAGACAGAAACUUGGGAAUGGAAAAGCGUGGAGGCUGUGGCCACUGGCUUACAGGAUUUCAUCAUCUGCGUGGAGAUGUUCCUAGCAGCCAUUGCCCAUCAUUUCAGCUUCACGUACAAGCCCUACAUCCUGGACGGGGACGAAGGGUCCUGCUUCGACUCCUUCCUGGCCAUGUGGGACAUCUCCGACGUCCGGGCCGACAUCUCAGAACAAGUCCGCAAUGUUGGGAGAACCGUGAUGGGCCGUCCCAGGAGGAGCUACUUUGGCGAGGGGCCGAUGGACGGCGAGCGCUCCGGCCUGCUCUCGGGCGACUCCCCGGACGGCGGUAACUUUGAGUCUGUGUCCAAUCCGGUGUCGCCCAAGGGCCGGUACCAGGGCCUGGGCAACACCAUGACCCCUCACUCUCGGUCCGCCCCGGCCGGGUUCAACGCGGCCCCGUGGGAGGAGGACGGGCACGACGAGGCCCGGCGGAGCGAGCAGCCGGCCGAGGUCGGGGAAGAAGUUCCCGCGGGUUCGGCAGAGCCCACCGUGGCGGAUCUGGUUGUUAUCACGUAGCCAAAUAUCGGGGCUGUAGCGUCGCUCAAACCCUUUAUAAGGAUGUGAUUUAAAAAGUUGUUGGACAGCGUCCCAGCCCUUUCGUUUUAUUUUUUAAUUGACUUAUUUCCUCUAUGACCAGAUCAAAAGUACCAACUGUUUUCAGUUACUUGCCCACAAGUUCAGUCAGCAACUUCGGGAAUUAUCCAGGAGCCCUCAAAUAAACUAUAAUUACUAUAUAAGAAUUUUCUGUAUUACUACAGGUUAUUCUAUUAAAACACCCUAAAUAUUAUACUUCGGUACAUGAACAUGCAUACGGAUCUACAUACGUAGAUUCAGUCUUUAGAUUCGACCCAAGGGGUUUAAAGACCUUUUUUAGCCAAACUCUGCUUUUUUUUUAAUGGACAACCCAUGCUGAAUAUAUCUUUUCUGUCGUAGUCUGUCGACACAGCAGAUUAUUCCUUGGGAACAAAACACCAUUGUUUCCCCCGCACAAAAGGUCCUGGUCGAAUCAUUCUCAUAUAAACUUAUUUGACGAUGUAUUAGAAGCACAUUUUUACAAGCUUUAGGCAUUACCAAAAGUGUAAAGCUUGUGAAAAAUAUGCUGCCAAUAAAUGGUUGAUUUGGAAUGGGCUAUCGUUAGCACACGACAUCAUGAGCAUUUAUGAGGCUAAAAGGGUUACUGUUGGUUAAUGCGGGAAGGGGGUAUCGAGGAAAUGUGUAAGUUUGUUUUUGGUUUGUACCCAAACAGUAGCACAUUUUCUAUCGAUUUUGAGCUCUUGCUCUCCAUGCACUCGUUUUAACAUGCAUAGCUCCUAAUCGGCUAUAGAAUGUAACUACUCUGCACUCAUGCCUUACUGCUAAUCUCUGUGCUAUGGAACUACUCGGAUCACAAUGUCAUUGUAAAUACUACUGUAUUAUAAUCACCUUACAACAGGAACUAUUGUCAAGUAGCUUAUUCCAUCCUUGGUACCAUCUAUGCUGGACUUAAGAAUGCUUUGCAUUUUAUUUCAUAGUUGCAUUAAUACGUUCUGGUACAUGUGUUUAACUGAUUUGUGCUGGGCAAUAAAAUCAGCAAAUGCACGUUCUCCCAUUAUUUUUCUUAAUCAAAUGUUUAAAGUAAGUGGAACGCAGCACUAUCAGCUGUAAGUCAAGUUGAUGGUGUGUCGCAUUGCCUUUCUCUGAUCUAUUGAAUUGUUUUAACUGUUUUGUUUAAAGUUGGAUUAAAUGUCUGACAUUGUU